AUGGCUUUUAUCUUCUACUUAGAUUCUCCAAGUAUCAUGGAUAUUUCAAUAACCUCAGAGGCAGAAGAGAAAAAACCAAAUGUUAAUAACGUGCCAGACUAUGUCAGUGAUAUCCACACAUACCUUAGGGAAAUGGAGGUGAAGUGCAAGCCUAAAAUGGGUUACAUGAAGAAGCAACCUGAUAUUACAAACAACAUGCGGGCUAUUCUUGUGGACUGGCUGGUGGAAGUUGGAGAAGAAUACAAAUUACAGAACGAAACCCUGCACUUAGCUGUAAAUUACAUUGAUAGGUUUCUUUCUUCCAUGUCUGUUUUGAGAGGAAAACUUCAGCUUGUGGGUACUGCGGCUAUGCUGCUUGCAUCGAAGUUUGAAGAAAUCUACCCUCCUGAAGUAGCAGAGUUUGUCUACAUCACAGAUGACACCUACACCAAGAAGCAGGUUCUAAGAAUGGAGCACUUAAUUUUGAAGGUUUUGUCGUUUGACUUGGCAGCUCCAACAAUCAACCAGUUCCUCACUCAGUAUUUCCUGCAUGAGCAGACAAAUGCUAAAGUGGAGAGCCUGUCAAUGUACCUUGGGGAGCUGAGUCUGAUUGAUGCUGAUCCUUACCUGAAAUACUUGCCGUCAGUUAUUGCUGCUGCAGCGUUUCAUCUAGCAGGCUAUACGAUCACUGGACAAACUUGGCCUGAAUCCUUGUGCAAAGCAACAGGCUACUCCCUCGAAGACAUCAAGCCGUGCCUCCUGGACCUACACAAGACCUACCUCAAAGCAGCACAGCACACACAACAGUCCAUAAGGGAAAAGUACAAGAGUACAAAGUACCAUGGAGUAUCGCUUAUUGACCCACCAGAGACACUAAACUUAUUGUAA